CAGCCAGGGCUGAACCCCUGAACAGAGUCUGUGGAAAAUUCCUGUCUUCUCAUUGGCCAUCGGUUUAGACAAGAUGGAAGAGACUUACAAGGACAGGACUUCACUGAUGAAGGGUGCCAAGGACAUUGCCAAAGAGGUGAAGAAACAAACAGUAAAGAAAGUGAAUCAAGCCGUGGACCGGGCCCAGGAUGAAUACACCCAGAGGUCCUACAGUCGCUUCCAAGAUGAAGAGGAGGAUGAUGACUAUUACCCGCCGGGGGAACCCUACGAUGGGGAAGCCAACGAGGAUGAAGGCUCAAGUGAAGCUACUGAGGGUCAUGACGAAGAUGAUGAAAUCUACGAGGGCGAGUAUCAGGGCAUCCCCAGGAUGAACCAGGGGAAAGACAGCAUAGUGUCCAUGGGGCAGCCCAAGGGUGACGAGUGCAAGGACCGACAGGAGCUGGAGUCCGAGAGGAGAGCUGACGAGGAAGAGCUAGCCCAGCAGUAUGAGCUGAUAAUCCAGGAGUGCGGUCAUGGGCGUUUCCAGUGGGCCCUUUUCUUCGUCCUGGGCAUGGCUCUCAUGGCGGACGGUGUGGAGGUGUUUGUCGUCGGCUUUGUGUUGCCCAGUGCGGAGACAGACCUAUGCAUACCAAAUUCAGGAUCCGGAUGGCUAGGCAGCAUAGUGUACCUCGGGAUGAUGGUGGGGGCGUUCUUCUGGGGAGGACUGGCAGACAAAGUGGGAAGGAAACAGUCUCUUCUGAUUUGCAUGUCUGUCAACGGAUUCUUUGCCUUCCUUUCUUCAUUUGUCCAAGGUUAUGGCUUCUUUCUCUUCUGUCGCUUACUUUCUGGAUUCGGGAUCGGAGGAGCCAUUCCCACCGUGUUCUCCUACUUUGCUGAAGUACUGGCCCGGGAGAAGCGGGGUGAGCAUCUGAGCUGGCUCUGCAUGUUCUGGAUGAUUGGUGGCAUCUACGCCUCGGCCAUGGCCUGGGCCAUCAUCCCGCACUAUGGUAAGAGGCCAGCCUUGCACCAGCCUGGCGGUCACCUUGUUUUUAUUUAG